AUGGUUCUGCAUCCAAUCUCAGACGCUGACGAGAACAACCCCUUCGGCUCUCUCUCCGCCGAUGAGUUCUACGCGAAGCAUUCCGUCACCCAGUCCUCCGCCUUCAUCACCAAACCUCGCGGCCUCAAGAUCUUCACACAAUGGUGGUCUCCACUCCCUCCAGCUCGUCCCAUCGGUAUCGUCGCGGUCGUUCACGGCUUCACCGGCGAAUCCAGCUGGUUCCUCCAGCUUACGUCCAUCCUCUUCGCUAAAUCCGGUUACAUCACCUGCGCGAUCGAUCACCAAGGGCAUGGAUUCUCCGAUGGCCUCGUCGCUCAUAUCCCUGACAUCAAUCCCGUCGUCGACGACUGUAUCUCCUUCUUCGAUGACUUCCGUAACCGCCAGGAGACGCCCGAUUUGCCGUGUUUUCUCUACUCCGAGUCCUUAGGCGGAGCCAUCGCGCUCUACAUCUCGCUCCGUCAGAGAGGCGUCUGAGACGGACUCAUCCUCAACGGCGCCAUGUGUGGAAUCAGCGCGAAGUUCAAGCCGCCGUGGCCGUUGGAGCAUUUGCUCUUCGUCGUGGCGAACCUUAUCCCCACCUGGCGCGUCAUCCCCACUCGCGGAUCGAUUCCCGAUGUUUCCUUCAAGGAGCCGUGGAAGAGGAAGCUCGCGAUUGCUAGUCCUAGGAGGACGGUGGCGAGGCCGCGCGCCGCGACGGCUUACGAGCUGAUCCGUGUAUGUAACGAGCUUCAGGGGAGGUUCGAGGAGGUGGAGGUGCCGCUUCUGAUAGUGCAUGGCGGAGGAGACGUUGUUUGCGACCAAGCGUGCGUGGAGGAGCUUCAUCGGAGAGCAAGCAGCGAGGAUAAGACGAUCAAGAUCUAUCCGGGGAUGUGGCAUCAGAUGGUUGGUGAAUCGGAGGAGGACGUCGAUCUGGUUUACGGGGACAUCCUGACAUGGCUCAAGACCCGAUCGGGAACUGCCGCGGAGAGGAAACGGGAGUUGCGCGCUGGCGGCGGAGCUUAAGAGUUUUUUUUGACUCUUUGAGUACUGAGUUGUAGUCCAAUAGGCCAGCGCCAUCUGGCCAGCAACUAGUAUACAACGAGUCCACUAUCCCUUUGGGCAUUAAUAAUAUAUAAAAGUAUUUUAUAAAAAUUGAUUGUUAAGAUU